AUGCUACGUGUGGGUGUGGUGAUGUCCUAUUGGGGGUGCAAUAUUGUAAUGAUGUGGAAAUGAAGAAUAUGGUUCUUAGGAAUAUAAGCACAAGAGGAGAAUAGUAGAGGUUGGUAUUUUUAUCUCGAGAGAGGGAGACGGGGACCGUGUGCUUGUAAAGAGGAGAGAGGUCAUGAAGCCGAUGAACUUGGAGGAGAAUACAGGGAAACUUCAAGCUAGUGAAGAUGAAGUAAACGGUGAUCACUCCCAGAAAAUCUCAAGCUCUAGAUUUUCAUCACUUUUGGCCACCAAAGAUCGUGAUUAUCUUCUUUCUCAAGAUGGGAGUCAGGUGAAAGUUUCUGAUCUUGAAGGCAAAGUUCUGGGCCUCUACUUCUCUGCAAACUGGUACGUCCCAUGUCGAAGCUUCACUACCCAAGUCUUAGUUGGUGCAUAUGAGCAUUUGAAGAGCAAAGGGUCUAAUUUUGAAAUUGUCUUUAUUUCAUCCGACGAGGACUUGGAUGCCUUCAACAAUUAUCGUGCCAACAUGCCAUGGCUUUCCAUUCCAUUUUCGGAUUUGGAGACCAAAAGAGCCUUAAAUAGUAAAUUUGAAAUCGAAGCAAUUCCUUUUCUAGUCAUCUUGCAACCUGAGGAUAACAAAUAUGAGGCAACAAUACAUGAUGGCGUCGAGCUUCUUAACCGUUUUGGGGUCCAAGCUUUCCCAUUUACCAAAGAGAGGUUGGAGGAAUUGGAAAUGGAAGAGAAGGAGAAGCGUGAGAGCCAGACCCUAAUUAAUUUACUGACGAACCACGAUAGAGACUAUCUUUUGGGUCACCCCGCAGCUAAACAGGUGCCUGUUGCCUCGUUGGUAGGCAAAACACUCGGACUAUAUUUUUCAGCUCAAUGGUGUCUUCCAGGAGUGAAGUUCACUCCCAAGCUAAUAUCCAUCUACCAAAAGAUUAAGCAAAUGGUGGUACAUAAAGGCAAUGAAGAUGACUUUGAGAUUGUGUUUGUGUCAAGUGAUCGCGAUCAAGCCGCGUUCGACUCCUACUUCAAUAGCAUGCCAUGGCUAACAUUGCCUUUCGGAGAUCCUGCCAACAAAAUCCUUGCUAAGCACUUUGAUGUGAAAGGUAUUCCUUGCUUGGUAAUUUUGGGCCCAGAUGGUAAAACUGUUACUAAACAUGGUAGAAACCUAAUCAACUUGUACAAAGAAAAUGCGUACCCUUUCACUGAGGCCCAAGUGGAUUUACUAGAGAAACAAAUAGAUGAGGAGGCUAAAAGCCUGCCAAAAUCGAAGUACCAUGCAGGGCAUCGACAUGAACUCGGUUUGGUUUCAGAAGGAACUGGAGGAGGACCGUUUAUAUGCUGUGAUUGUGAUGAACAAGGUUCAGGAUGGGCUUACCUGUGCCUUGAAUGCGGAUAUGAGGUGCACACCAAGUGUGUCAGAGCUGUGGACCGUGGCUCUAUGGUUCACAGCUGAUCAAAUCAGUGUGCUGAUAUUUCUCAGAAUUAAGCUCGCGUGUUCACUUGUGCAUGCUGUCGAGUUGAAUUCUUAGAUUUCGUAUGUCAGUCUCUUACAACUAUGUAUAUAUAUAGAUAGGUUCUCUCAUACAGCCUUUUAUAUUUGUUACAUGGGAUUUAACGUGUGGAUUUUAUUUUUGCUGAAGCUAUGAAAUCUAUUCCAAUGUUGUUACCCCA